GCCUGGCGGGGAGGGCCGGCGGCGGGAGCGCGGCGAGCAGCCAUGAUGGAAGGCUCUGACGACGGCCCAGAUUUCCUCUCGGAGGAGGAUCGAGGUCUUAGAGCAAUAAAUGUUGAUCUCCAGACUGAUGCUGCUCUGCAAGUGGAUAUCUCAGAUGCACUCAGUGAGAGGGACAAAGUGAAGUUCACUGUCCAUACAAAGAGCUCCUUACCAAAUUUCAAACAAAGUGAAUUUUCCGUUGUUCGGCAACAUGAAGAGUUCAUUUGGCUUCAUGAUUCCUUUGUGGAGAAUGAGGAUUAUGCUGGCUAUAUUAUUCCACCAGCACCACCCAGGCCUGACUUUGAUGCCUCAAGGGAAAAGUUGCAGAAGCUCGGAGAAGGAGAAGGAUCGAUGACUAAAGAAGAAUUCACCAAGAUGAAACAAGAACUGGAGGCCGAAUAUUUGGCAAUAUUCAAGAAGACGGUUGCAAUGCAUGAAGUGUUCUUGUGUCGUGUGGCUGCACAUCCUAUUUUGAGAAAGGAUUUAAAUUUCCAUGUCUUCUUGGAAUAUAAUCAGGACUUGAGUGUUCGUGGGAAAAAUAAGAAAGAGAAACUGGAAGACUUCUUUAAAAAUAUGGUGAAAUCAGCUGAUGGUGUCAUUGUUUCAGGAGUAAAGGAUGUGGAUGAUUUCUUUGAACAUGAAAGGACAUUCCUUGUAGAAUACCACAACCGAGUCAAAGAUGCUUCUGCCAAAUCUGAUAAAAUGACAAGAUCACAUAAAAAUGUGGCGGAUGACUAUAAUAGAAUUGGUUCUUCAUUAUAUGCAUUAGGAACACAGGACUCCACAGAUAUAUGCAAGUUCUUUCUGAAGGUAUCGGAAUUAUUUGAUAAAACAAGGAAAAUAGAGGCCCGGGUAUCUGCUGAUGAAGAUCUUAAACUUUCUGAUCUUCUGAAAUACUACUUAAGGGAAUCUCAAGCUGCUAAGGAUCUCCUGUAUAGAAGAUCUAGGUCACUAGUGGAUUAUGAAAAUGCUAAUAAGGCAUUGGAUAAAGCAAGAGCAAAAAACAAAGAUGUGCUGCAAGCUGAAACUACUCAGCAGAUAUGCUGUCAGAAAUUUGAGAAAAUAUCUGAAUCGGCAAAACAAGAAUUGAUAGACUUCAAGACAAGAAGAGUUGCAGCAUUCCGAAAAAAUUUAGUGGAACUAGCAGAACUGGAAUUAAAGCAUGCUAAGGGUAACUUACAGCUGCUGCAGAGCUGCCUGGCAGUGUUAAAUGGUGACACAUAAGCUACGCUCCGUCCUCCCGCUAACAAGGGCUGCCCUCCUGGAUUUUGUUUUCAUGACUUUAAGUAGGCAUUUAUAGUUCCCUGGAGAAAUUGUUUGACAAAGUGCACAUAAGUGAGCUCUUCCUUUAAAAAAAAAAAAAAAAAAAAAAAAAGUU